UGUAAUCGAUAGCGCAAAUUUGUAAAUUUUCAAUUUGUAAACAUAUUGAAGGUUCCCCUUUUGUUUGAUAAUGAAUGAUAAUAAUUUAAUAAAUAACCCGUAUAUCUACAAUUAUUUUAAAUAUAAUACAAGUAUAUAAAAACCCUAUAUUUAAAUAUAAAAGCACUACACAAUUGUUUCAAAUAGAAAAAUAGGAAACUAAAAUGAAAAAUAACGUUGUACGUACUCAAGAAUAAUUCAGCUUGUCAUGUGUCAUCUUUUUUUACGCAUACGUUGUUUGCAUAGGUAUGUACGUAUACUUUGUGUCGAUAUAUGGAAGGUGAUUCUUAUUUCUACCGCUUUGCUUAUUUAAGUCGCCACUGUCAAUACAGACUUGACAAUCAAGCCAGCAAGAAUCUUAAAUAAUAAGAACGAUAGAGUUUCAUGAGAGCCGUCAUAUAGCGCGCUUGUUGUGACUUACAUUAAUGGUUUAAAAUUCAGAAUGCAGGUAAUGAUGAGCUUAAACAUGGUCUACUCUCUAUUUGAUCUAUCUCUGCCUUUGCAACAAGAGUGCGUUCAGUCUGGACGAUGAAUUGACUUUAACGUCAUCGUUUUUAUCGCAAGAUAGUGACAGAUAUCAAUAAGUUGAUAAUGGUCAUAACGAUAAAAGGAGCAGUCUGAAUACUUUAUCGCGCCGAGGUGGAGAUUUUAUUUAUUAAGAAUUUAUAUAUACAUAUAUGUAUGUUGUGUGUGUGUUUAUACAUAAUAUAUACAUAUUAUAUGUGAUAUAUAUAUAUAUAUAUAUAUAUAUAUAUAUAUAUAUAUAUAUAUACAUUGUGAAUUUGAAUAUAUUAAAGAAGAAAACGAAUAGGAUUAUUGAAAAGGAUAACCAAAAAUAAAUAAGUAAAUAUUACGGCAAUCAGUUAAUGGACGCUGGCAUGUACUUUUAAAAAAAUUUUUACGUACAGAUACAGACACGCAUACAUGCGCGUCCGUUAACACGAAUACACAUAUACAACACACACACAUACACACACAAAAUUAAAUUCGUAAACGUACUGAUAACUCUAAGUAAUAAGAAAAAAGAAAUUAGUAUUCUGCUGCAACAAUGAGAUCUUGGACUUUUUAAUUAAAUAAAUAAUAAACCAUCGAUUAAAUUAAAAAUAAUUGUGACAUAAGAUUCAAUUUCAAAAAACAAAAGUAUAAAAUUAAAUAAGUGAGAAACGAUUCAAACUUUAAUCACUGAGGAUGUUCCUGCCGACGCUCGCUAACAAGACAUACUUGGCGUUUCUACUACUAUUACUAUUAUACUUCAUCGGGAUGGAUCUGCUACUUUAUUUCAGAGUGCAAAAUUACAACGUUCGUCCAUAUACAAACGCUACGCAGGCAUCAUCAUAUCAAUCGCCUAUUCUGUGCGAUCUGAAUCCGAUUUGUACAGUAACAGUAAAGGCCAUGAUGUUGGACCAUCCUAAUCAUUACAUCCUAAGUCCUUUGGCAUCCUUGAUGGAUUAUUUGCUGAACAUCAGUCACUCCUGGACUUGGUUAACACCGAACGCCAUCAGCAUUUCUCACGUGCUGAUAGCCGUAAUUGGCGCCCGAUGCAUCACACGGAAUUCUCUCUUUCACAGACAAAUAGGUGUUGUUUUGUUCCAAAUCAGAGCCUGGUUGGAUAACUUAGAUGGACACGUGGCAAGAACGAGGCUUAAUAUCAAGGGUGAAAGAUCCGACGUAGGUUCGAUUGGUUUCUUUGUGGAUGGCAUUUGCGACGGUCUCGGUUGUAUCGCUCUUAUAGUCGCGGUAUUCAUUUUUCUGAGACGUAACACCAACGACUGCGUUAACUACGAACGACAACCCACUCGAACGUCGUUGUUAUCGUCGUUACCUUAUAGUGCCAUCUCCUCCAAUACGUCUUGGAAAUCGUCUCUGUAUAACAUGCUAAUAAUAGGCCUUCACUUUUCUUUGAUAAGCUUCGCUUGGAACCGAUAUAUAUCCCUAUAUCAAGACCUCUUGGAGACCGACGGCAAAGAUGUUCUUCUAAUCAAGCAAGAAGAUCUCUACGACAGACAAACCAUCGUCUUUAGAAGUUUCUCCUUUUGGACUAUCACCUUCGUCUGGAAGAUCCUAAACUUUCACGCGAUGAUGGAUUACCUACUUCUGGCGAUAUUCCUACCAGGGCAUCUGCGACAUCGAAUCUGGGAAUACGUCAGGCUCACGUGGUGGCAAUUACCCGCCGUUUUAUUAUUGCUUGUAUUUGUUAGCGAACUUCACUAUGUCAACGCAUAUACUUACAUAAAAACGUUAUAGAUAAAUUAGAAUUAACAGUAGAGAUAUGCAAACUAUUCGAAUAUGAAUUGAAUCAAAUCGAGUCUUGCCUGAUUUAAUUUGAUUUAAAUUUAAAUUUCAGCAAGUUUCAAAUCUAAAAAGUUCGAAUAUAAAUUGAAUAUACUGACAUAUUGAAUACAACAAAUACAUUAACAAUUUUAUAAAAUUAUAUUUAAAUAACUUUAUGUCAUAAUCUUUUUCUACAUAGAAAUUCUUCUUUUAUUCUUUUUAUCUAUAUUAAAAUUAUCUAUAUUAAAAUUCAAUCUCAUGGCAAUUAUAUUGUUAAUUCAAAGUCAUUUUUAACGAUUCGAUUCAAUUCAGUUUGGGGAAAAUUGUGUUCCUUCAGUUCGACCCGAAUAAGAGUAAAAGAAACAAAAUUCGAUGCAUUUCAAAUUCAACAUCGAAAAAACCUCUGCAUUUUUUGCACAAAAAGAAAAAUACUUGCUAACAAGUUUCUCUUCGGUUACAGUCACGUUGUUAUAUCGCAGCCGCUAAUCCUUUUGUAUGACUAUCUAAAGGCAAUAGGAAGAAAACUAUUUCUUAGGCAACUAAAGGACAAUAGUGUACGAAACUUAUUAGUAUAAAAUUUCCAAUAACUUGUUAUAAAUAGUUUUCGACAAUUCUUUAUUAUAAUAUUUCCUCCAAAUAUAAAGAAAUGUAUGUUAAUAUCAUAAUUGAUUAAAAUUAUAUAUUUAUG